UGCGUGAUCCGCGGUUGGUUGUCGAUCUGAUUGUUCGAAAAUAGUGUAGUUUCGUGAAUGUAUUUCAAUGAAAAGACAAACUUUGGUCUCUUUCGUGACUUUUGUCGUCGUUCAGUGGUUUACCGUGACCAGUGGCUUUGAAAUCGAUGUGCAGUUCAACAUGCGCGAGUAUUGGAAAAUGCCGGAACUGUUUCAGUACGAAAGCAUCGAAGCCUGUUUCAGAUCAAAUCCGGCUGGGGUUUUCUGUGUUGUGAAAAGUGUGGUGAAACCUGACGGCCGAUCGUUGAUUUGGAGAACUAUUGAAAAAUAUUCACGAUACUCAUUUCAGCAUCAACAUAGUGUUCUGACCCGCGGAAUCUGUUUGGAGCAGUGUGAGGAAUUAGUGAGAAUGUUAUCCGAUCAGGAAAAGACUCAGUUUUUGCAGCCUAAGUUCGAUGUGCCGUAUAAGUACAUUGUUAAUGAUUGGAUGGUGCCAAAUAUCCACAAUUACAGACACCAGUAUGGUACGAUAGUGAAUAUAUGCCAAAACUACCGAAUACAGACUAAGUACAAUAUAAGCGUUUACUCGGAACUUGAGUAUUGCACUACUAAUUCGACUAGAAAAACCGAUUAUCUGGAUAUCGUAUUCUACGCAACCAUUCUAUUACUUUUGCUGUUCGCGCUCGCAUCUACCAUAUACGAUUCCCGGCAUGCGAAGGAUCCCAAUCACUAUCGAAUGCCUUUGAAGGGUAAAAAGACUAAACUGCUCACGGCGUUCUCCCUGAGACGAAACAUCAAUCGACUCACAUUCAAACCGAAGACGGAUCCAAUCCAGCAGGACCUGUGCUUUCUGGAUACUAUCCGUGUGUACGUAACGACCAUCAUCGCAUUCAGUCACGUGAUUAUAGGACUGGGGGUGACUCCCAGCCAGAAUCCGGAAGCGAUGGAGAAGUACCUCUCGAACGCAGGAGUGCAAAUGUUGCUAGCGCUCAUGCCAUUCGAAGUGGACGUGUUUUUCGCUAUCAGUGGACUUCUACUAACAGUGCACUUCAUCAAAUAUACCGAAGGAAAGCGAUUCAGCAUCAAACCAUUCUGGAUGGGAGUGGUGAAUCGUUUUAUCCGAUCCUUGCCGGUGUAUGCUUUGGUAAUUCUGUUCAGCACCUCGAUCUUUGAUCGACUUCAGAUCAGUCCAUCGGCGUACACAGUCGUGCCGAUAAUUAGGACGAUAUGCCGGGACAAGUGGUGGACCAAUUUACUGUUCAUCAACAAUUAUUAUCGGCCAGGAGAGCAGUGUCUAAUUCAUACAUGGUACUUGGCGGCUGACAUCCAACUGUUCAUCGUUGGACUGAUGAUUCUUAUGGUGCUCUGGAAAUGCAAUAGUUUACUGCGACCAAUCAUAUAUUUUCUUCUUGUGGUCGGAAUCGCUCUGCCGAUGGCGAACGUGUACUACAACUCAAUGGACGCUAUGAUGCUGGUAAAUCUUAAGGAAAGCGCCUUUGUAAUGUGGUACGAUGAGUGGUUCACGCGAACCUACCAAGCGACGGAAACGCACUGCCUGUGUUACUUUGGUGGGAUGCUAGUGGGGAUCAUCUACCACAAAAUGCAGAACGAUAACCUGCUGUUGGCAAAAUCAAGGCUGUAUAGAAUCCUGCAGUACAUCACGGUACCGAUGCUGGUCUUAUUUUGCCUAUCGGCUCCACUUUUCCUGCUGUUCAACUACAGUAAACCUUCCAUGUGGAUGUCUCUAUAUGCCGGAGUUCAUCGAUUGGUGGUAACUUGCUUCGUGAACGUUGGAUUCUUGCUGCUUAUGUUUGCCCAACCGGGUAGCUUCUUCGGGAAACUUCGGAUGUCUAAUGUGCUGCAGAAUGCAUUCUACCGGGUG